AGCGGAGAAAACAACGGUUCCAAACGGAGGAACUGUCUCAUUGGAAGGAACAAAAGAAUCAAGCGAAACACAUAAACAGGAUGAAGCGUCGCAUAUCAUGGAUUUUACAGCGAGCAUUGAUAAAGUGAAAGAUUGUGGAUGGUAUUGGGGGCCUAUAUCCUCAGAAGGUGCGGAAAAAAUUCUAUCCAAUGAGCCGGAUGGAAGCUUUUUAGUUCGAGAUAGUUCUGAUGACCACUACAUUUUUUCGUUAACAUUCAAAUUAAAUGGUUCGGUCCGGCAUGUGAGAAUAGAUCAAGAUCAAGGUGCAUUCUCCUUUGGAUCGUGUGCAAAAUUUAAAUCCCGAACAAUAAUGGAAUUCAUCGAAAAUGCCGUUGAGCAUUCUAGGAGUGGUAGAUACUUAUUUUUUCUACAUAGACGACCGGAACAUGGACCGUUACGCGUGCAAUUGACUAAGCCUGUAUCCAGAUUCAAACACGUACAAAGCUUGCAACACCUUUGCAGGUUCGUCAUACAUAAAACGAUAAUAAGAAAGGAUUUAAUUCAAACACUACCAUUACCACGGAGAUUGCUAGACUACCUAAAUUAUAAAAAUUGCCUUUCGGAACGUGUAGAAGUUGACAUGACUUCUCAUUUCGGACAGUGUGUCGGUGACUUUUAAAAUGUAUAUUAUUUAUAAUAAAAGUAAAUGUGAAUACUAGCAAUCCUAUGAAACGUAAUCAUUUGUUUGUAAAAUUUAGUCAAAACUGAUCGAUAGAAUUGUGAUUUUUUUAAUGGACGAAUAAGGUAUAAUAAAAUUAUACUUUACACGACGAUA